AUGCGGGCAGCACCGCUGUGGGAGCGGAAACACAAAGAGGGGAAGGGGCAUAAAGAGAGAGAAACUGUGGAGCCCGGGCACAAGGGCCACAGGCAGGACCUGAGGUACCCGAGCGCAGAAAAGCCCCCGGGAAGAGCCCCACGCACCCCCGGCGUGAACCCGGCGCUGAGAGACGGAGCGGCAGCACCCUCCCUACCCAGCUCCGCCCGCCACAAAAUGGCGGCCGCACGACCCUUAGGCACCGCCCCCUCAUUGGCCGCGCUAAGAGCUGCGCUGCCACUGGGCGGUGGCGCUGCGGUCGCUACGGGAGGUCCCGACGCCACCGAGAUUCCUGCGUCCCCGGCAGCUCCGGGAGUGGCCGCUGCGCUCGUAUCCCGGGCGGGGAGGCGGGUGAGAGCCGGUGCCGGAGAAGAUCGGGUGGAUGGCCCGACGGCCCUAGAACACAGCGGCGGAACCUGGCCGCGGGGAGGAAGGCGCCUCAGCCCUGCCGGUCGGAGCGGCCCCGUGCGGAGCUAUGGCUGUGGCCGUCACCACGAAGACGGCCUGGAAGCUGCAAGAGAUCAUGGCAUCACAGCAAGCAAUGUCUCCUCACUGGUCCUGGGGAAAAGUUCAGGUCGGCUGCUGGCUACUGGAGGAGAUGACUGUCGGGUCAACAUAUGGUCAGUUAACCAAGCCCAACUGCAUCAUGCCCUGACAGGCCACACAGCACCCAUUGAGACUCAGAUCAACACAAACGAGGAACUCAUUGUCGCAGGGUCCCAGUCAGGGUCCAUUCGAGUCUGGGACUGGAAGCUGCCAAAGUAUGUUUCCAUGAUUCUUCGUACACUGGUUGGUCACAAAGCAAAUAUCUGCAGCCUUGAUUUCCAUCCUUUUGGAAGCUUUGUGGCAUCUGGCUCUUUGGACACAAACAUUAAGCUCUGGGAUGUCAGAAGAAAAGGCUGUGUCUUUAGAUACAAGGGUCACACAGAAGCAGUUCGUUGUCUCCGCUUUAGUCCUGAUGGGAAGUGGUUAGCCUCUGCUGCUGAUGACCACACUGUAAAGCUGUGGGAUCUGGCUGCUGGGAAGAUAAUGUUUGAGUUCACAGGGCAUACUGGCCCAGUAAGUGUUGUUGAAUUCCAUCCCAAUGAAUACCUUUUGGCUUCUGGCAGCUCUGACAGGACUGUUCGGUUCUGGGACUUGGAGAAGUUUCAAGUUGUGAGCUGUAUUGAAGAGGAGGCUACUCCUGUCAGGUGUGUGUGCUCUUCAAACCCAGAUGGCUGCUGCUUGUACAGUGGCUUCCAGGAUUCGCUGCGUGUGUACGGCUGGGAGCCAGAGCGCUGCUUUGAUGUGGUCUUGGUGAACUGGGGAAAAGUUGCUGACCUAUCUAUCUGCAACAACCAGCUGAUAGGAGUUUCCUUUGCACAAAGCACAGUCUCUUCCUUCGUUGUGGAUCUCAGCAGAGUCACAAAGUCUGGUUCGGUUCCUCAUGGGCUGCUCAGGGAUGACAAACCUCUUGUGCCUCCUGCUCCCAUGGGAUCCUCCCUUCGCCGCAUCUAUGACAGGCCCUCAACUAGCUGCAGCAAGCCACAAAGAGUGAAGCACAACUCGGAGAGUGAGAGACGCAGUCCCAGCAGUGAGGAUGACCGGGAUGAGAAGGAAUCAAAGGCUGAGAUCCAGAAUGCAGAGGAUUACAAUGAGAUCUUCCAGCCCAAGAAUGCUAUCUGUCGAACUCCUCCUAAAAACAAUGAGCCCUUUCCUGCCCCUCCAGAGGACGAGCCCGUAAUAGCAAAGGAGGCAGUGAAGCCCAACCAAGCUGCAGACGUCCAGACUCUGUUGCCAAAGCAGGAACUUCCUGAUCCAGUCCAGAGGCCACCAAUUGUUUCCUCAACUUCACUGACCCGAACAGAGCCAUCAGUGAUUCCUGCAGCCAGGAAUGAACCCAUUGGCCUGAAAGCCUCUGACUUUCUACCAGUAAGUGUCUCUGGACAAAAGCUGUGAAAAAACCAAAGCCAGACUGAGCUCUUGGAUGAGGAAGCAAUGUCCCAGAUCAGGAAAGGCCAUGAGACCAUGUGUGUGGUGCUCACCAGCCGCCACAAGAACCUGGACACCGUGCGGGCUGUGUGGAGCACCAGUGACAAUCAAGGCAAGGAUAAUUCUGUGGAUUCUGCAGUGGCGAUCAACGAUCUGUCUGUUGUCGUGGACCUGUUGAAUAUUGUCAACCAAAAAGCGUCUCUCUGGAAGCUGGAUUUGUGUACAAUAAUUCUGCCACAGAUAGAGAAGCUCCUCCAGAGCAAAUACGAAAGUUACGUGCAGACUGGUUGCACCUCCCUGAAACUUAUUCUCCAGAGAUUGCCACUAAUAACAGAUAUCCUUGCUGCACCACCUUCUGUCGGAGUAGACAUCACCAGAGAGAAAGGUAAGGCUUCAUAAUGCAAGCUGUGCUACAAGCAGCAAAACAUCAGCAACAUCGUCAAGAACAAGUCUGGGCUCAGUGGCCGCCAUGGUAGUGCCUUUCGGGAACUGCACCUCCUCAUGGCUGUCCUGGAGUGACAGCUCCCACCUCCUCAGUGCAGACACCAGGUGGCCAAGCUCCCCUCUGCUUGUGGUCUGGCUUGAUUUCACCUCUGUCUUUCUUCCCCUCAUGGCACAGCAGGGAAGUGAAAUCUUGCUGGCUUAUGGCCGGCCCAGCUCCAGCGCCUUUCGGGGCACCAUGGAGGGAAGACAUGAGUGAUCUGUGCUGGGUGAGGGGACCUGGCUGGGAGAGGGCUCUGCAAAGCCCCUGUAGGGAAGCAGCUUCAUUUCAUCUCUUCAUCUCCACAUCAAACUCUGAGCUGCUUGGACUGUGUGCUGGCCUUUCCUUGUCAGGAGGGUCCACACCUGCUGACCCACCCAACUCAUCUGUGCUGUCCCUUCUUGUUGCGUGGCUCUGGGACUGCAGCACCCCACAAAAGUCUGCUGUGGGGCAGAGUGCCCUUUUUCUGUGGAGGGAACUUCAGUCUGCCCUGUGGGACUGGCCUCCUUGGCUGCUUUGACACCCAUGAGCCAGGACACCAUGCCAACAUGCCUGUUGUCAUCUCGAGGGAGGUAUGGGAGGAGGCUGACUCUUGGCUUAUCAAAAAUCCCUGCUGGCACCCACAGAAGACCAAUAGCUUCAGACUGUUGCUGGGAACUGAGGUCUGCCUGGACCUGAUAAAAUACCUGACUUCAUCAGGACUUCUCGUAUGUGUUUGCCUUUGGGUGUAAGGAUUUGGGAGGGUGGAAGUACAGAGGGACAUGGGCUAACGUCUUUCUAUAUCCACUGGACCGCUCUUAGAAGUUUUUUGUUGUUUUUUGUUGGGUUUCUUUUGUUUGUUUUUUGUUUGUUUGUUUUGUUUGUUUUUUCCCCCCAAUAAAUGUCUGUCAGAACC